CUGCGAACAGCAUCCCAGUUCUGCCGUUUCCUCCAUACCUACCUAGUUAUCUAACACAAACCACCAGUUGCUCUUCUCUUUGGACUCUUACUCUGCGCUGAGCGUAGCAUUGAAUCCAAAAUCAUCGACUGAGAAAAGUGCCUAGCAUCCACAAUGAAAGGCGAGGUCCUUCAUCUUCACCUCGGCCAGGCUGGUACCCAGCUCGGUAACAGUGCCUGGGAACUCUACCUCCUCGAGCACGGCCUGGGCCAGGACGGUAGACCCGACCCCAACAUCAAGGAUGUUGCCGAUGGUGGCUCGUACGAGACGUUCUUCACCGAAACUAGCAAUGGCAAAUACGUCCCGCGCUCGCUCUUCGUCGAUUUAGACCCAUCGCCCAUCGAUGAGAUCAGGACUGGCAGCUACCGUUCGCUCUUCCACCCCGAGCUGCUGAUCAGUGGAAAGGAGGAUGCGGCCAACAACUACGCUCGUGGUCACUACACUAUCGGCAAGGAGAUGGUCGACAACGUUAUCGAGCGCAUCCGUCGCGUUGCUGAUAACUGCCAUUCCCUUCAGGGUUUCCUGAUCUUCCACUCUUUCGGUGGUGGUACUGGUUCGGGUUUUGGUGCUCUGCUCCUCGAGAGGCUAUCGACCGAGUACGGCAAGAAGUGCAAGCUUGAGUUCGCCGUGUACCCUGCCCCGCGAGUCUCCACCGCAGUUGUCGAGCCUUACAACGCCGUGCUCUCGACGCACAGCACAAUCGAGAACUCCGACUGCACAUUCCUCGUCGACAACGAGGCUGUCUACGACAUUUGCCGCAGAAACCUCGAUAUUCCCCGCCCGAGCUACGAGCACCUGAACCGUCUGAUCGCCCAGGUCGUCAGCUCCAUCACCUCGUCCCUGCGUUUCGACGGUGCCCUCAAUGUUGAUCUGAACGAGUUCCAGACCAACCUCGUGCCUUACCCCCGUAUCCACUACCCCCUGAUCAGCUACGCCCCUGUUAUCUCGGCCUCCAAGAGCUCCCACGAGAGCUUCAAGAUCCAUGAUCUUACCUUCCAGUGCUUCGAGCCCAACAACCAGAUGGUUGUUUGCGACCCCAGGAACGGCAAGUACAUGGCUGUGGCUCUGCUGUACCGUGGUGACGCCGUUCCCCGCGACACCAAUGCUGCUGUUGCUGCCCUCAAGGCCAAGGCAUCGUUCAACCUGGUCGAAUGGUGCCCUACCGGCUUCAAGAUCGGUAUCAACUACCAAAAGCCGGUCGCCGUUCCCGUUCCGGAUGGUGACGGUGGUCUCGCCUCUGUGGAUCGCUCCGUCUCCAUGUUGUCCAACACCACUGCCAUCGCCGAGGCCUGGUCGCGUUUGGACUACAAAUUCGACCUUAUGUACAGCAAGCGUGCCUUCGUACACUGGUAUGUCGGUGAGGGUAUGGAGGAGGGUGAGUUCAGCGAGGCCCGUGAGGAUCUUGCGGCUCUCGAGAAGGACUACGAGGAGGUUGCGGCCGACUCGUUCGAGCCAGAGGAGGGUGAUGCCGAGUACUAGAUUAUGUAAUCUGCGCCUGGUGUCUGGCUUGUUAUGAACCCCUUUAAUAUGUCAGUUGACCUGCAGGCUUCUUCAAGAGUGCUUGGUGGUUUCGAUGUCGGAUUUGUUCGCUGCGAAAGAAAAAGCCCUCAUUAGUGCUGCGUCUUGUUGGGUUCUGAAAGACUGCAUCUGGAUUUGUUAGAGCUGACUGAUUUAUUUCUAUUGUUGAUUACAUUGGAGGUUUUUUUUUUACGAUGUUUAUCCUUCAUAGCCCCAAAGGAAGAUACCAGCAUGGAGUUUUCUUUUCAUA